UCCACUGUUCCUAGAGGAUCAGGAAGACACUGAUACUAUCCACCUGAGAACAGUGGGCAGUUUUCCAAAUCAGUUCAGAAGAACAUGGAGGAGAAUGCAGUUAGCCCUGAUGUUCAGCACCAACAUUGUCGGAAUUACUGCCCUCCAAGCACUUGUUGCCAAAUGUACCUUCUGUGCAAUGAGAGGCCGAAGCAGGAGCAGCACACAAGGACUCAGAAGGUGAAUUUCAGGACUGUUCUUCCACCAGAUAUGGAGAAUGGGCUGGAUCCGAGUUCCCAGGCAGUGGCUCCAGCUGGAGAGUUCAUCUUGAGUCCGGCAGAGGAGAAGAAGCAGGACAAACAGCAGGACUUGAGAGGAUUUGCAGAAACGGUCCCAAAUUUCCUAGAAGCUGACAAAGCUUCAGCAACGAUCAAGCCAAAAGCCUUUGGAAAUGGAAUUCAGUUGGGGGGAGGGAGCACUACUCCUUUAAAAGGUGAUGGAAUAAUGCUGGAAAUGCAGACUCAAACACCUGUGCUUUUUCAAGGAAGGAAAACAGCUGCUCUGCUGGAUGCGGGGCUGUUCACCUUGGAGGAAGUAGCUGUGCAUUUCACCGAGGAAGAGUGGGUCCUGCUGGGUCCUGCCCAGAAAGCUCUGCACAGGGAAGUCAUGGAGGAGAUCAGUGGGAUUGUGGCCUCUCUAAAAGGCACUGAAAGAAGAACCAAGGAUAAAAAAGAACCACAUGUUUAUCAGAGAUUUCACUUAAGGAAAAAGGCACACAAGUGUUUAGUAUGUGGAAACAGUUUCAGCCAGAGGGCAGAACUAAACAGACAUCAAAUAACUCACACAGGGGAGCGACCGUAUAAAUGCUUGGAUUGCGGAAAAUGCUUCAAUCGGAAGGGAAACCUAGCUAUGCAUCAAAAGAUUCACAGAGGGGAGAGACCUUACAAAUGUUCGGAAUGUGGAAAAGGCUUCAGUUCAAAUUCCAACUUAGGUAUCCAUCAAAGAAUUCACACAGGGGAGCGGCCAUAUAAAUGCUUGGAGUGUGGAAAGUGCUUCAGCUCCAAGACCCACCUAAAUACCCAUCAAAGAACACAUACAGGGGAGCGGCCAUAUAAGUGUUUGGAAUGUGGAAAGUGCUUCAGUUCCAACUCACAUUUAGGGAUCCAUCAACGAAGUCACACAGGAGAGAGACCGUAUAAAUGCGUGGAAUGUGGGAAAGGCUUCAGUUCCAACUCACACCUAGGCAGGCACGAAAGAACUCACACACAGGAUGGACCACACGAAUGCUCAGAAUGUGGGAAAUACUUCACUUCAAAGCCACACCUAAGUAGGCAUCAAAGAGCUCACGUCAGAGGGGCGCCGCAUGCCUGCCUAGAGUGUGGGAAAAGCUUCCUUUGCAAUUCCGCCCUCAUGGUGCAUAAAAGGAAUCACACAGGGGAAAAACCCUACAAAUGCUUAGAGUGCGGGAAGUGCUUCAUUUGUAAUACCCAACUCAGCAUACAUGAACGAAUUCACACAGGGGAGAGACCCUACAAAUGUCUGGAGUGUGGAAAGUCCUUUAGUUCAAAGGCGAACCUCAACACACACGAAAGGACUCACACAGGAGAGAGACCCUAUAAGUGCUUGGAGUGUGGAAAGUCCUUCAGUUCUAACACGCACCUCAGAAGACAUCAGAGAACUCACACUGGGGAGAGACCUUACCAGUGCUCAGAAUGCGGAAUGCGAUUCAAUGUGAGCAGCUCCCUGACUUCUCAUUACAGGAUCCACACGGGGGAGAAACCCUACGAAUGCUUAGCGUGCGGGAAAUGCUUUGCUCACAGUUCUGACCUGAUCACCCAUAAAAAAAUUCACACAGGAGAGAAGCCACAUAAGUGCUUGGAAUGUGGAAAGGGCUUCAUUACUGGAACAAAUCUUAGCAUACAUAAAAGAACUCACACAGGAGAGAGACCAUUUAAAUGCUUGGAGUGUGGAAAACGCUUCAUCACAAAGGCAAAUCUUAGCACCCAUAAAAGAAUCCACACAGGGGAAAGACCGUUCGAAUGCUUGGAGUGUGGAAAGAGUUUUAGUCAGAGGAUAAAUCUCAUUUCUCAUCAGAAAACUCACGCAGGGGAAAAUGUGCAUGCUAGGAGUACAGAAAAGGCUCCUGAGUCAGGUAUUGGCUUUUUUCUCGUGGGGACGGCCGCUCUUACUCCUGUCGCUGCCUCGGUGCCUCCGCGGGGACCCGGUGGGCGCCCUCCUGGCAGCGGGUCUGGGCGGCGGGUGGAGUCCCGGGAGGCGGAGGAGAGGCCGGGAGAGGCGGAGGGAGCUCCCUGGGAUGACCCCCCGCUUCCGGACCCUCCCCAGCCGCCACCCCCGGGGACCCUCCGGGUUCCCCCGCCUUUCUUCCCGGGGCUUCUCCAGGCGCUGAUGGAGCCCUGCAGGUUUGCCAAAAGAGGGAGAAUCCCCAACAUUUUUCUCAGAAGCUUCCUCGGAGAGGCAUCAGCCAUGGACCAACAAAACUUAGCAGGCCAUCGAGUAGGACAACAUCUUGACCCCAUCCAGGCUGGAAGCAGCAGGGAAUUCUCAGAAAGUGGAGUUCAGACGUGCACAGAGAGGAUUGGCACAGAUGUACAGCAGUGCUUCCAAGAUGGCUUCCUUCAAAGUUUCUGCAACCGAACCUGCACUCUGGAUCAUCAGGAACAGAAGCCAGAGCAAUACACAAAUACAUCGAUCCAGGACGUGGAGCUUCUGGAGUCAUUCCUGAAUGUCUUUCCACCACCAAUGCAGAGCUGGGAAAAGGAAGGAGUUACAGAAGCAGGCCCUGAAUUCUGUGAAGCACAGAAAGAUUCAACUGACGACAGGGUGAGGUUUUUGCAGGAGGAAGGAGGAGGCUCUGUUUCACUAGGGGAUGGAGUGAUUUUGGAAAGACAGCUUCAGCCUCCUGAUCUUUUUGAUGGAGGAAAAAUUGCUGCUGUUCAGUGGGAUCAGAGGCUGUUCACCUUGGAGGAGGUGGCUGUGCAUUUCUCCGAGGAGGAGUGGGCGCUGCUGGAGCCUGACCAGAAAGCUCUGCACAGGGAGGUCAUGGAGGAGAUCAGCGGGGUUUUGGCCUCCCUUGGUGAUGAGUGGAAAAUCAUGGGUAAAAGAAAACCAAGUUCAAACCAAAGAUUUCACACAGAAGGGAAGCCAUAUAAGUGCUUGGAGUGUGGAAAGGGCUUCAUGACGAAGAUGAAUCUUAGCACACAUAAAACAACUCACACAGCUGACAACCUGUAUAAAUGCUUGGAGUGUGGAAAGUGUUUCACCCAAAGUGCACAACUAAGUAGGCAUCAAAACACUCACACGUGGGAAAAACCAUAUAAAUGCCUGGAAUGUGCAAAAAGCUUCAUUUGGAAGACAAACUUAGAGAGGCACCAGAGGACUCACACGGGGGAGAAGCCCUUUAAAUGCUUGGAAUGUGGGAAAAGGUUCAUUGAGAGUUCAGCCCUGAUUACACAUCAAAUCAUUCAUAUGGAGGAGAAGCCGUACAAAUGCUUGGAAUGUGGAAAGUGCUUCACUUCAAAUACACACCUGAGUGUGCAUCAGAGAACUCAUACAGGGGAGAAACCAUAUACAUGUUUGGAGUGUGGAAAGAGCUUCAGUGAGAGCAGUAAUCUCACUUCCCACCGCAGAACACAUACUGGGGAGAAACCCUCCAAAUGCCUGGAAUGCGGAAAGUGCUUCAGUUCAAAGAGACAUCUAAGCGUCCAUCAAAGAACUCACACAGGCGAGAAACCCUAUAAAUGUCUGAAGUGUGGAAAGAGUUUCAGCGUGAGCAGUAAUCUUGCUUCCCAUCACCGAAUUCAUACUGGUGAGAAACCCUAUGAAUGUGCAGAGUGCGGAAAAUGCUUUGCUCGCAGUUCUGAUCUUAUUAAACAUAAAAAAAUUCACACGGGGGAGAAGCCACAUAAAUGCUCCGAGUGUGAAAAAUGUUUCACUUGCAGCUCUGACCUCAUGAAGCACAAAAAAAUUCACACCGGGGAGAAGCCACAUAAAUGCCCUGAAUGUGGAAUAGCCUUUGCUCGCAGUUCUGACCUGAUAAAGCAUAAAAAAAUUCACACGGGAGAGAAGCCGCAUAAAUGUUUGGAAUGUGGAAAGGGCUUCAUCACGAGGACCAAACUCAGCCUGCACAAAAGAAACCACACGGGGGAGAGACCAUUUCCAUGUCUGGAGUGUGGAAAGUGUUUUAUUCAAGUAGCCCAGCUAAACAGGCACCAAAGAACUCACACAGGAGAGAGACCGUAUAAAUGUUUAGAAUGUGGGCAAAGUUUCACACAGAGUUCUUCUCUUACUACACACCAGAUAACGCACACAGGGGAGAAACCGUAUAAAUGCUUGGAAUGUGAAAAGUGCUUCAGCUCGAGCACCCACUUACGUAGGCACGAAAGAACGCACACGGGGGAGAGGCCACAUCAGUGCUCGGAAUGUGGAAAGUGCUACAGCGAGCGUGCGGAACUAAGUCGACAUCAGAGAACUCACACCGGGAAGAAGCCGUAUAAAUGCUUGGAAUGCGGGAAAAGCUUCACGCAGAGUUCUUCUCUUAUUACCCAUCAAAUCACUCACACAGGAGAGAAGCCCUAUAAGUGUUUGGAAUGUGGAAAGUCCUUCAAUUCAAACACACACUUGCGCAGGCAUCAGAGAACACAUACAGGGGAGAGACCCUAUAAAUGCGCAGAAUGUGGAAAGUGCUUCACUUCCAAUGCACACCUCUGCCGCCAUGAGAGAACUCACACAAGGGAGAGGCCAUACAAGUGCUUGAAAUGCGGGAAGAGUUUCAAUGUGAGCAGCAACCUCACUUCUCAUCAGAGGAUUCACACAGGGGAGCGGCGCUACAAAUGUUCAGAGUGUGGGAAGUGCUUCCUCCGCAGCUCUCACCUUAUCAUACACGAAAGAAUUCACCGGGGAGAGAAGCCGUAUAAAUGCUUGGAGUGUGGAAAGUGCUUCAUCACGAAGAUAAACCUUAGCACCCAUGAAAAAAAUCACACGGGGGAGAAAUCUUACAAAUGCCUUGAGUGUGGAAAGUGUUUCAACUGGAAUGCGCACCUCAGUACCCACCAAAGAACUCACACAGGGGAGAGGCCUUACAAAUGCUUGGUGUGCGGAAAGAGUUUCAGCGUGAGCAGUUCUCUUGUGACCCACCACAGGAUUCACACAGGGGAGAAGCCUUACAAAUGUUUGGAAUGUGGCAAGUGCUUCAGUUCAAACACACACCUUCGCAGGCAUGAAAGAACUCACAUAAAAGAGAGGCCUAGUGCAUGCUGAGAGUGGGGAAAGAGGAUAAAGGAUAACAAUCAGGAAUCACUAAAUCCCUACCAGGGAUAUAGAAAAGGCUUCCCACUCAGAUGGCAACUUUAAAGCUGACAAAACUGCACAUUGUGGCAUUGCAUAAAAAAAAUCAAAUCUCUUUCAGAUUGAGCUCAGCUCCUGGUGGCUUCAUGGAUGCAUCUGUAUUGUUUUCUUGACAGCAUUGUAGAAGUGUUUGUCAUUGCUUUCUCCAGAAAGCUUUUUUUU